CCAUCGUCAUUAUCGUUUAUGCAAAAGCAAAAUGACAAAAUUACGAAAUCUCCAAUCACAUCACAACAAACGACAUACCAAGUCGAAGAUGACGAAAUGGAUCAAGUUGUUACGAGCAAUGCUGUUGAUUAUAAUACAAACGAUAGUAAAUACAUGUACGAUGAUUUUACUGAAAAUGAUUACAUAGCUACCGGUGACAUAAUCACAACAUCAACAGUAACACCUACCUUGAAUACGCAUUACACGAAUAGUUUCGCAGACGAUGGUACAAAUAUUCUAAACAAUCAGAUUUUAGUUGACAACAAUCAAAUUGACACUUUCACUGAUCAACUCGAUAUACCAGUCUCGCAAAAUACGCUGACUAGUCAUAAGACGAAUCUUUAUUGUGAUAGUACCGCUUACGAUUUAAUCGACACACCGCAUCACGACGAUGAAGUUAAUACGAUUGGUAAUAACAACUAUUUAAGGGAUCAUAUGUAUAACGACCGUUUGUAUAACGACACCAGUGAAAAUAUUGUAUUCAACCAAAAUCAACUGGACCACAAUCCGAAGUAUGAAGUGUACAGAGAAGACUUCGAAGAUGACGUCAUUCAAAAUCAGGGAUUAAAAACCGGCUAUAAUGAUAAUUAUAAUAAUCAAUAUCAAACGCCGUAUUAUAGCUAUCAGGAAGAUUAUUUUAAUGAAGAAGAUGAAUACAAGUAUCUGGAAGAAGAACGUGAGGAGGCUGCCAAUCUUGAACAUCAAAAGCAAUUGCAGGAUGAUCAACACUAUCAAGAAGAUGAAAAUCUUGAUAAGCUAGACGAAAUUGAAGAUCAUGAGUCUUUAGACAAUGGUUUGAUGGGUAAACAUGACGAAGAAUUGGAAACAAUUGGAAGUGGUUAUCAUAGUGAUGAAGAUGCUACCUUAGACGACAAUAAAAUGACAAGUCAAAUAACCUCGAACAAAGGAAAGAAACGGCAUCUUACAACACAGGAAUCAAUAAGUGAUACGGAAUUUUUUAGCCAACGGUUUGAUGGACCCGGCCUGAAAAAUCUCAAUAAACAAGAGAGUAUCAUAGAAGAAGAAGAAUCCACAUACCAACCCUCAAUUAUCGAAGUAAAACCUCUUCCACGAAUCUCAACAACGCGUGAGCAACCAACUGGUCCACUAUCAUUGUUGGCUGCUAUGACAACAACAACAACAGCCCAGGCGCUUCAGACAAAACAACCAGGAGAUAUAGUUUCUGAUAUGAUUGGAAGU